CCGUUGCGCGCGGCGCUCGGUUGAAGCGGGAGUACGAGUUCCUGGGUGAGGAGACCCGGCGGCCUGCAAGCUAGCUACCCGCUUCUCUGUCCGCCAUGGCAGCGCUGCGCUACGCAGGCCUGGACGACACGGAUAGCGAGGAUGAGCUGCCUCCGGGCUGGGAGGAGAGAACCACCAAGGACGGCUGGGUUUACUAUGCCAAUCACACAGAGGAGAAGACUCAAUGGGAACACCCAAAAACUGGGAAAAGAAAACGAGUAGCAGGAGAUUUGCCAUAUGGAUGGGAGCAGGAGACUGCUGAGAACGGACAAGUGUUUUUUGUUGACCAUAUAAAUAAAAGAACCACCUACUUGGACCCACGACUGGCAUUUACUGUGGAUGAUAAUCCAACGAAGCCAACCAUCAGACAGAGAUAUGAUGGCAGCACCACUGCCAUGGAAAUCCUGCAGGGCCGGGACUUCUCGGGCAAGGUGGUCCUGGUUACUGGAGCUAAUUCAGGAAUAGGGUUUGAAACUGCCAAGUCUUUUGCACUCCAUGGUGCCCACGUGAUCCUGGCCUGUAGGAAUAUGACAAGAGCCAGUGAAGCGGUGUCACGCAUCUUAGGAGAAUGGAUCUUAGUGUUGAUGUGUCUGUGCCUAAACAGCUAUUGCGAACUGGCAUACCUUCUAAUUUCUGCCAACUCCCAAUAAUGCCAUCAAAUUAGGAAGUUAAAGCCCUUUUGAUUCAAUCACUUCCAAAAGCCCUACCUGUGGACACUGCUGCAUUGGUAACCAAGUCUUCAACACA